CCCAAAUUUACCAUUAAUAAUCCAAUCCAAUCCAAUCUACUUCCCCAACCAACAAGCCUCGACGCUGAAAUGCGCCAGGCUUUCUCCCCUGCGCCCCCUCCUUCUUGCUCCUCAUCCGCCGUCGCGCUGUUGCCGAGCAGCUCCCCAUUUUAGUUUUUCGUUUUUUUUUUUUAUUUCGGUUAAUUUGGUGUUUGGAGAGGUUUUGAUUCUUAAAUGGGGAUUAGGGUUUGGGAAAGUGGGAUCGUGAUAUUGGUUUUAUGGGUCCGGCUAAUUUCCGCCGCCGAACCCACCUCUUGCCCCGCGGAGUCCGCAGCCGAUGCGAUCUUCGGCUUCCGGUAUUCCAAUUGCCCCGUCAACGGCGCUUCCAGAUCCGUUGAAUCCAUGGGUGUUAUCGUGGGGGAUGAGGUUUCUUUACAAAGGGCAUUAAAUAUGGUUCACAAGAAUACUCAUGAUUAUGCGGCGGUGCUCUUCUAUGCAUCAUGGUGCCCUUUCUCAAGGAUGUUUAAACCAACAUUUUCCAUCCUGGCUUCUUUGUAUCCUUCAAUCCCACAUUUUGCAUUUGAAGAAUCAGCCAUCAGGCCAAGUAUACUCUCUAAAUAUGGAGUUCAUGGAUUUCCUACUCUUUUCAUUUUGAAUUCUACCACACGCAUUCGAUAUCAAGGCGCCCGCACUCCUGGUUCUCUUAUUGCUUUCUAUAGUCAUGUUACUGGCAUCAAGACUGUAUCACUGGAUCAAUUGUCAUUGGAAAAAAUUGGAUACCCACUAAAUCAUGAGAAGCAUGAUAGCACUGAGCAGGAAAGCUGCCCGUUUUCGUGGGCUAGAUCUCCAGAGAAUUUGCUUCGGCAAGAAACAUAUUUAGCUCUGGCUUCUGCUUUUGUGCUUCUGAGAUUGCUCUACUCCUUUUAUCCUGCUCUGCUUUCGUUUGUUCAAUCUGCAUGGAGACAGCAUAUUCAAAACAUGAGACUGGGAAGCUUGUUGGAGCACCCUGGCUUUCUAAAGCGGGCAGUACAGUUGUUUAAUUCUCUAAAAGAGCCUUGCAAGAGGAGUAAUUUGCAGGAAGGAGCAAUGAACGCCAGGGUGUGGGCUUCCAAGUCACUGGCCACAGUUUCUAUCGGGGAUGCAAGCACCAGCAGGGGUUAUAGCAGUGACUGAAUGCUGUAGACAGUUUAUCUGAACAGGCUUUGAUGCUCCCAUGACAAAGGGUGAGGCUGCAGAAAAUGUAUUGUCCUAGAAGCGUUUGGUAAUCAUCUCACCCUUGAUGAGGGUUUUCUUGCAACGGAGGUAAAAUAUGUCGUCGUAUCUUGUCGCUGUAGCACAUCAUUCCGUUGUUGUUGUUGUUGUCUAUAUGCUUUACAGGGUACAAUAUGUUUGUCAUUCGGACCGAUGAAUUUGUAAUCCAAUUUUUGAUUAGGUUGAAUAACUAGUAACCCUUUCAUGUGCCACUCGCUUGCGUUUGAUGUUUGUCCAAAAGUAGUGAGAGGGGUUCGUUGUAUCGUGUAGCUUAGAAAUUUCUUAUCAUUCCUAAUGGAUUGGCCUUGAAUGAAUGUGUUGAGAUUGAUGGAA